GACAUUUUAUUUGCUCUCACACAACUGAGGGAACAGGGUGUGGUGUUACAACAGAACAACAACAAAAAAAAGGUUCCUCAAGGAUUUUCUGUAGGGGGUCUUGCACAAGAGAAACCCUCUGUUGUAGGGUUGUACACGUAAAAAAAAAUUCCAAGCUCCGACUUCUCGCAGCUUCGAGGGACAAACAGGAGAAAUCUUUAAGACGCUAGACAUCAAACUAGAUGUCCUAAUUGCAGAGUGCGCAUGCGCGGCAAAAGUCUUUACCGGAGCGGCUAGGUACUACUGUACCAGCACUAAUGGCGGAGCACGCAUGCGCAGUGGAGUCUUUACCGGAGCCCUAAUGGCGGAGAACGUGCGGUCGCCUUUCGACUAUCGGGAGCCACCGACUCUCGACAGCGAUGGAGACGGUGGCAAGCCUCCGCCACCCCGGGGACGAGUGUGUGGACGAAAGAGAAAGGGCACUCCUGUGAAGGUGUGUGAUCGUGCAUAUGUGACAGAAGAUGAAGAGGAAAGUUUAUCCGAACACAGUUACAGCCCAGGCGAAGGGCAGUACCCAGACGAAGCAGAGGAUCGGCUUCCCCCUCCAAACAGUCCGUACUAUCUCGCCGAUCCGUCCCAGCUUUGCGUAUCAGAGUUAGGCGAAGAAGGCGCCAGUGGCGUUCGAGGCCCUGUGCUCUUCCCCCCUCUACCGCCUAACUGCAGGAUCAGAGAGGUGCAUUGUGGGAGCCAAGUACGACUGGUCGUUAUAGCGAUCAGAGACAUCGCCAAGGGCGAGGAAAUCACGGUUGACUACAACUUGGCUGAGUGGGGAGAAAACGCGCUGGCUUUCCAUCGCUCUGUAUCACCACGCGGAUUUGAAUGCGCCUUCAAUCCAGACAGCAAUAUUAAGAAGGAAGAGGAGGCAGCUCCGUCUCUCCCUAUGUCUCUCACGGUUUCAGACUACCUCACUCCUUCGUGGUCUCUCUCUCCUUCAUCCUCACCGCUGUCCCGCUCCGAGGCCAGUGAUUCGGACCGAGAGGAAGAAGAAGAAGAAGAGGAAGACGAGGAAGAGGACGAUGAAGAGGAAGAGGACCUCGAAGAGCUGAGGGGCCGCAUGAUGCGGAGGCGCAAGAAGCGGAAAACGACGAGCAGCGCGGCCAAAAAGAAGUCUCAGCCCAGCCCGCUUUCCUUCCCUCCGUCCUCCUCACCUUUCCAGACACCUUUAGCACCACCCACCACAAACAUAAACAAUAACAUAAACAUAAACAUUAGCCGCAGCGCGAGCAGGAAGCAGCACUGUCCUCACUGCGGCCGCCAUUUCCGCUCUCUCGCUCGGCAUCUUGAAAAGCACCACGAUCAGCAACCGGAAAUCCGGAAUGCCAUGGAACUGUCACACGGCCCACGUUCGUCGCACACACCGUCCUCAAUGCACACACGUGGCUCACACUUGUUCAACUCGCCACAGCCCUCUGCUUCCUCCUCAUCCUCCUCCUCCUCAGCCACCCCCAACCUCUUCUCUCGCGACUCGUCCGGCUCCGGUUCAGCGGCCAUGUCGUUCUCUCUCUCCCUCUCUCCUCCUUCACGCCGCCCUUCCUCCAAAAAGAGCCCCGCCGCUGUCUCCACCCCACCCAGAAAGAACGCAGCGCCUACGGCAGCAGCCGUGAAAAAGUCCCCCAGUCCUCCAGCCAAAAGGGGGCGUCGGCCGAAGAAGGAGAAAGAAGAGAAGCAAAAGAAACAGGAGGAGAUGGAACGAGCCAAAGAGGAAGCUCCGCCCACCCCGGGCCGAAAUGAAGAGGAGGAAAAGCUGGAGGUAGAAGAUGAGGAGCUGGAUCUGACCGAAAUGAGGGACGAUGACAGCGGAGAAGAGAAGAAUGGAGCAAGUUCUCACCGCUCCCAUGUGUCUCCCCUCCUGUCCUCUCUCUCCACGCUGGUUUUGUAUCUCCGACGUCAGCAGCACUCGUCCUUCCUCUCCCUCUCACGUUCGAGCAGCUCGGCAGAGGCCUGGCGCCUGCUGUGCCACUCCAGCCUGGCACUGCUCAUCCUCUAUAACCGCCAUCGCGAGUGUGAGAUGGCAAAGCUCACGAUAAGCGACUACCGCAGCCGCAUCACUCCUUCCUCUAACUCCAGCUCCCCUCUCGAAGCGUCUUUAUCCCCUUUUGAGCGGCAGGUUUUGUGCCACAGGCCCCGCGUGGGAGUUUUAGGAAAGCGCGGUCGGGUUCAGCAGCUAAUCCUUCCACCGCACUCUGAAUCCUGCCUCGAUUUGCUUCUGAAAACGUCCACGGACGUGAACGUCGAUCCCGAAAGCCCUUAUGUGUUUUCUCGGCCGUACCAUUCUCCCGCCACUCCUCUGCGUGGCACGGACCUCCUGCGUGGAUUAGCGCGUGCCAGCGGGGCUAAAAACCCCGCCGCACUGACGUCGCCGCGCACCCGAAGGCAAGUCGCCAUCCUCACCCAGCUCCUGCUGAUGGACGAAGGAGAGAAGGAGAGGCUCGAGCACUUCCUGCACAGCGAGUAUCAUGUCACCCAGACCUGCGCCCGGAUUGGCCAGGACCCAGCGCUGAUGGGCAGAGUGGGUCGUGUCGUGCUGUACGGUGAGAGAGAUGGAGUGUUGUUCAGAGGGAUGAGCCUCAAACACAUCUGCCUCGAACUGGACGUAAUGUCUGGGAAUUCAGCAGAUUCUUUCUCGGAGGAGUCGGAUGGUGAGGGAGAGAAGAGUCACGAGAGAGUAGAGGUGGGAAAGACAGCAGGAGUGAACGGCCGAGGGCCACCUAAAAACAACGCCAGUCCCGUCCCCUCGCCCACUACGCCCUCCCCCUCAGGUUCUCACAAGAGGCGGCGCGCACAAAUAAAAUCAGAACGUUUACCCCACGUUUCAGGCAAGCGCGGUGUGCUGAAGAGGCCGUGGUCGGAAGCGGAGCGAGUCGCCGUGGAAACGCACCUGAAGCGAAACAUCGUGGAGCUGCGCGUCCCUGCGAAGGCAGAUUGCGAGCGAUGUCUGCAGCACUGCCCCCUACUGGUGAGCAACCAGCGCGACUGGAGAGCCAUUAAAUUCUACUGCCACAACCGGAUUCAACUACUGAAGAAACAGGGACGUGGAGGAGCGGCUGUCUCUUAGCUCAACACACACACACGCACACGCACACACGCGCACACACAUACUGAGGGAGAGACUCUUACUUGCACAUUCAGUCCUGAAAUCAUGGGUUGAAUAAGUGACCAUUCACACAUUUUUGCAUUGCUGUGCAUCAGUGUUUCCGUUGACACACAUACUUAUGCAUCCUUGUACAUUGUGAGUAGUUGUAUAUGAGUGUGUCCAUUGACUACACGCACAGAUAGAGGCUCACACACUCAGUCUGGAAUGUUGAACAAAGUGACCGGACACACACACAGACACACGUGUCCUUAUCCAUUUCAGCUUUUCCCCUCAAACACACACACACACAAAGUGUUAUAAUCAAUAUAAACCUAUGAACUGACCUCUUAUCCUUGUCACUGACAUUGGGACUGUGGUGUGUGUGUGUGUGUGUGUGUGUGAAAGCACUGCUUCAUGCCCGAAAUCUCUCGCACACCUGACAGAGCAGCUCGAAAUACAUCACACAUGGACCGCAGCAGAGGAUGUUAAAAGAUUAACCCUCUAUGAACUCUUUUGUCCUUUUUCUUUAAUACGACGAUGCUAAUCCUAUUUGUCCAGUGGAGUCUCGCUGUUGGACCGAUUGUUAUAGACUUCUAUAUAAAGAUUUCUGAAAUUUCUGUACCUGUCAUUGGCAAGCAUUUAUUUUGGGACCAUAUUAUCUCCAUGUUCCAGAGGAACUUUCACAGUAAGUCUACUAUGCUAACAUUUAGUUGUGGUUAUGAAGGUGGUUCUUGGUUCCAGUCCCAUUGAGGUCGCGUACCAGUGCCGUUAUCCACUACCAAGUGAUGACAACAUUGGAAAAUUCUGUUACAAGUUAGUGUUAUCCAUCUAUUGUGUUUAGUAAUGGCUUCCCAGUAAAACACCAGCUCGUUUAAUACUUAUAGUGUGAAAGUAGCUAACUACCCAGCAAGCUAGCUAUAUGCAUUUGUAACUAUUCCAAGGAAGACCCUGUAGUGUAAAGCUAAUCAGCUUCGGUAUCUAUGAAAUAAAGUAUUACGUAGAAUACAAUUAGUAAUAGUAGCAAACUAACAACCUAGCAAGCUUUUAUUUUAUUUCAGGUACGAAGUAAAGUAAUAUGUUGAAUAAAAUAAGAGCGAUAGUAGCUAGCUAUUUAUUUUAGCUACUUGAAGGAUAAUCCCGCAGUGUAUCACUAGCCAGUCACUAUAUUUAUUUGACAAUAAAAGAGAAAAAGCUACAAACUUGUCUAUCUUUCUAUUUGUAGCUAUGCCAUGGAUGGCUAACCCUUGAUUAAUGCUAACCAGCUGUCUAUAUUUAAGAACUUCUUAUGUAUUACUUUAUUUAAUAGGGUUAUCUUGGCUAAAACUAACAACUUAGCUUUAACAGCUUUUUUUUUUUCUUUACACUACUGAAGAACAGCCCCUCGGUGUAUUUUAGCUGUUCCAAGAAUGACCACAUAGUGUACAGAAAAAAAUGUAGCUAGUGUUUUAUUUUUAGCUUCACCAACUGACAACUACCCCAUGGUAUAAAACUAGCUGGCUAGUAUGUUUAAGUUCUUAUGUAUUUAUUUAGCAGUGAAUGCAGCUAGUUAACAACCUAGCAGGCUAUUUAUUUUUAGCUACCCUAAUAACAACCCCUCAGUCUAAUGCUAGCAAUCCAAUGUACUAUUUAUUUGAUGUAUUACUAUAUUUCACAAAGUGAUAAAUAUCUUGUUAGCUUUUUAUAUAGCCACUGUUUUAGCUUUUCCAAGGAUGACCCCUCAGUGUACCACUAACCAGCUACUAUAUUUUAUUUUGCAUGUUAGCUAUCCGACUGGAUAUAUUUAAUAACCUAUUGUGUAUUAUUAUUAUCAUCUAAAGUGAUCAUCGCUAACUACCAAGCUAGCUAGAGAUUUAUUUUUGGGUACUGCAAUGACAACCCCACUGUUUACUGCUUGGAAAAACCAUGUAUUAAAUAUUCUCUUUCCCAGAUAAAGAGGGGGUUGGGGGGGACCUGAUUGUAACCAAUCCAUUAGAAAGAUUUCUAAUGAUAUUUUAAUUUAAAUGGAAGAGAUUUAAACACACCAUCGGGGACUGGAACUGAUUAUCACUCAAUUAAACCUCAACUGAAACUGCUAAUUUCCCACCUCAGAGUCAGUGUAGAUGCAAAUGUGUAUAAACAUGCACAACAUUUUAUAAAUUAAGCUAGCCAAGGAUUUCAUGUUCUAUCCUUUUUACAUACUUUUUUUCUUCAAACAUCUAUUAAGCCUGGUCUUAAUCUUGUCUCUGCUGUUGAAUAAGAAGAGGUUUAAUCCUUGUAGAAUUGAUUCAUUUCAUCCAACAAUGAUUUUACAGCAAUCUGAAUUUUAUACUCUUCGUUUUUAUGGUUGUAUUUCAGCAGUAUUUUAUAUAAGCUAAAAUCCCAGUGUGAUCACGUUCCUCCUUUUACACCGUUCCUCCUCUGUCUGAUUUUUUUUUUUCUGUCCCACAAAACACACACACACAUACUUGAACCUUAUUUUAUCCAUUAGGAUUUAAAGACAUUAUUUUUUUUUUGUAAUUUUUUUUUUUAAUCUUCCAUCCCCAGACCAUUGACUGUAUGUUGAUUUUAUAGUAUAUACAACGAAUUCGUAUUAGCGUGCUAGCUAGCCUUGUGAAGGUGUACAUUCUGUAAAUAUCAACUUAUAUAAAAGUGCAACAUUUUGGAUUUUUUUUUUGUUGUUGUUGUUUUCUUAAAUGGCAUUGUAAAGAUUUUAGAGGAAACGCUGUUUAGAGACGCAGAUUAAUGUAUGUCACUGCAAGAAAUAACACCUUUAUUUGCAUUU